CACACCACGCAAGCAAUCCUGCCACAGACACCAGGAGAGACGAAGUCUCACUCUGUCACCCAGGCUGGAGUGCAAUAGCGCGAUAUCGGCUCAUUGCAACCUCCGCCUCCCGGGUUCAAGCCCCGCCCCGGCCCCGCCCACCCCAUGCUCUCAGUCCCUCCCAACGCCUGGCCUUUCCCGCCCGCAGCCUGCCCCUUUGCACCUGUCGGCCCAGGCCCCGCCCCCAGGCCGCCGGCUCAGUUGACUGCGCGGGCAGUUUGUUGCAAACCCGGAAGCAGAUCUCUUGGAGUGAAGGCUGUUCGUCGCCGCGUAGAACCCUGGAAGAAGAGGAAGAGGAAAGCAAAGGAGUCAGGGAUGGCUCUUCCUCAGGGACAGUUGACAUUCAAGGAUGUGGCCAUAGAAUUCUCUCAGGAGGAAUGGACAUGCCUGGACCCUGCUCAGAAGACUUUGUACAGGGAUGUCAUGUUGGAGAAUUAUAGGAACCUGGUCUCCCUGGGAAUCUCUCCUUUUGAUCUGAGUAUUAUCUCCUUGUUGGAACAAGGGAAGGAGCCCUGGAAUGUGGAGAGCCAAGUGACAAUAGAGUGGGAGUGGAUCAGAGGUGUGAUCACAGAUACCUCUUGUAAAUGUGUAAACAAAGAUUUGCCAUCAAAGGGGAAGAGCAAUAUGGGAGAAGCAUUCUACACGGUGAAGUUGGAGAGACUUGAAAGCCAUGACACUGAAGGCUUGUCCUUCCAGGAAGUUCAGAAAAAUACAUAUGACUUUGAGUGUCAGUGGAAAGAUCACGAAGGAAAUUAUAAAAGAGUACUUAUGUUGCAAAAAGAAAAUCUCCCUGGUAGAAGAGAUAAAUGUGACAGAAGGGCUGCAGGAAACAGGCUUAUUGAAAAUCAGCUAGGAGUAAGCUUUCAGUCACAUCUGCCUGAACUGUGGCAAUUUCAAGGUGAAGGGAAAAUUUAUGAAUACAAUCAAGUUGAGAAGUCUCUUAAUAAUCCAGGAAAACAUUAUAAAUGUGAUGAAUGUGGCAAGGUCUUCAAUCAAAACUCACGGCUAACAAGUCAUAAGAGAAUUCAUACUGGAGAGAAGCCUUACCAGUGUAAUGAGUGUGGCAAAGCCUUUACUGUUCGUUCAAACCUAACAAUCCAUCAGGUAAUCCAUACUGGAGAAAAACCUUACAAAUGUAAUGAAUGUGGGAAAGUCUUCAGUCAACCUUCAAACCUUGCAGGUCAUCAGAGAAUUCAUACUGGAGAGAUACCUUACAAGUGUAAUGAGUGUGGCAAAGCCUUUAGAGCACAUUCAAAACCCCAUCAGUUUAUCCAUACUGGAGAAAAACCUUACAAAUGUAAGGAAUGUGGCAAGUGCUUCACUCAAAAUUCACACCUUGCAAGUCGUCGAAGAAUUCAUACUGGGGAGAAGCCUUACAAGUGUAAUGAGUGUGGCAAAGCCUUUAGUGUUCACUCAAGCCUAACUACCCAUCAGACAAUCCACACUGGAGAAAAACCUUACAAAUGUAAUGAAUGUGGCAAGGUCUUCAGGCACAAUUCAUACCUUGCAAAGCAUCGGCGAAUUCAUACUGGUGAGAAACCUUACAAGUGUAAUGAGUGUGGGAAAGCCUUCAGUAUGCAUUCAAACUUAACUAAGCAUCAGAUCAUCCAUACCGGAGAAAAACCUUUCAAAUGUAAUGAAUGCAUCAAGGUUUUCACUCAGUAUUCACACUUAGCAAAUCAUCAAAGAAUUCACACUGGAGAGAAACCUUACAGGUGUGAUGAGUGCAGCAAAGCCUUUAGUGUGCAAUCAAGCCUAACGACCCAUCAGGCAAUUCAUGCUGGAGAAAAACCUUACAAAUGUAAUGACUGCGGUAAGGUCUUCACACAAAAUUCACACCUUGCAAGUCAUCGGGGAAUUCAUUCUGGAGAGAAACCUUACAAGUGUGAUGAAUGUGGUAAAGCCUUCAGUCAAACAUCACAACUUGCAAGGCAUUGGAGAGUUCAUACUGGAGAAAAACCUUACAAGUGUAAUGAGUGUAGCAAAGCCUUUAGUGUUCAUUCAAGCCUAGCUAUCCAUCAGACAAUACAUACUAGACAAAAACCAUACAAAUGUAAUGAUUGCGGCAAGGUCUUCAGGCAGAAUUCAUACCUUGCAAUUCAUCAGAGAAUUCACACUGGUGAGAAACCUUACAAGUGUAAUGAGUGUGGCAAAGCAUUUAGUGUACAUUCUAGUCUAGCUACCCAUCAGGUCAUCCAUACUGGAGAAAAACCUUACAAAUGCAACGAAUGUGGCAAGGUCUUCUCUCAAAAUUCACAUCUUGCAAAUCAUAGAAGAAUUCACACUGGAGAAAAACCUUAUAGGUGUAAUGAGUGUGGGAAAGCCUUUAGUGUUCGCUCAACCCUAACUACCCAUAUGGCAAUCCAUACUGGAGACAAACCUUACAAAUGUAACAAAUGUGGCAAGGUCUUUACUCAAAAUUCAAACCUUGCAAAACAUCGAAGAAUUCAUAGUGGAUAGAAACCUUACAAAGGACGCUGGGCCCAUGCCCGGCGUGGCUCACGCCUGUAAUCCCAGCAGUUUGGGAGGCCGAGGUGGGUCUCGAGUUCGAGACCAGGCUGGCCAACAUGGUGAAAUGCUGUCUCUACUAAAAAUACAAAAAUUAGCUGGGUGUGGUGGUGCACGCCUGUAAUCCCAGCUACUUGGGAGGCUGAGGCAGGAGAAUCGCUUGAACCUGGGAGGCGGAGGUUGCAGUGAGCGAGAUCAUGCCAUUGCACUCCAGCCUGGGCAACAAAGGUGAAACUCCGUCUCCAAAAAAAAAAAAAACCUUACAAAGGAGUGCGGCCAGUUCUUCAGCACAAAUUACUUCUUUCACAACAUCAGAGAAUUCAUUCUUGAGACAAUUCUUACAAAUACAGUGACUGUGGCAAACUCCUGAUGAGUUUAAGCAUUAGCAGACAUCAGAGUUCAAAUCCUGUGAAUAUACUAUGUAUGACAGAAGCUUUAUCCAGGUCUCAGAGCUCAAUAGGCAUCAAAAUAUACAUCUUUGAGGAAAUCACACAAAUGUAACAUGCAUGCUGAGACUAUUACUCCUGGACCACAACUGUAGGUGAGGAUUCAUAGGAAGAGUAGAACUCAGUCUCUAGUUUCCUCGUAACCCUCUGAUAUUAUAUACUUCCACAUAAUCAGAAAUCCAAAUGUGUUAAAACUCAUUACAUGAUACAUAUCAAAGGUUUUAGGAUGUUUGGAAAUGGCCAAUUACUUUCAGCUUAUAAAAUGUUUUGUUGAAGUAUUUAAGAUUUAUUGAAAAGGCUACUAUUUAUAACUUCCAACCAGAACUUUGCAAUCUGCUGAUAUUAUACAUGAUUAUACACCUUACAUGGUGUUGUUCGGGAAAGAAUCAAAGGAUGGAAGAGCUCACUCACUUCAUUAGGUGAGGAUUAUUUCUCUCCAAGCUCCUGAAGAAGAAAGACUCUGCCUUUUAAAAUUAAAUAUAGUCUGAAUUAGAGAGCACUUGGAAAGGGCAGAGGAUGAUGAACUAUGAUGUCACUCAUCAUCCUUAUUGCACUGCAGGUGCCCUUCUUCUGACAGAAGAGCACUGUGGGUAUGGAAAGAAAUUCUCUACUGGCCGGGCACGGUGGCUCAUGCCUGUAAUCCCAGCACUUUGGGAGGCCGAGGCAGGCAGAUCACCUGAGGUCGGGAGUUCGAGACCAGCCUGACCAACAUGGAGAAACCCCAUCUCUACUAAAAAUACAAAAUUAGUCAGGCAUGGUGGUGCAUGCCUGUAAUCCCAGCUACUCAGGAGGCUGAGGCAGGAGACUCGCUUGAACCCGGGAGGCAGAGGUUGUGAUGAGCCGAGAUCAUGCCACUGCACUCCAGUCUGGGCAAUAAGAGUGAAACUCUGACUCAAAAAAAGAAAGAAGAAAGAAAGAAAGAAAGAAAGAAAGAAAGAAAGAAAGAAAGAAAGAAAGAAAGAAAUUCUCUACCAAUAGACCAUGAAAUAGAGCCAGGAAGACACUUGGAUUUUUAUUAGAGGAGAGUAAUAGCUUAUUAAGGACUGUUGUGUGGUACAAAUAAUGCAGAAAAGUGGAGGCUACCUUCUCCAUCAAAUGCCAAUAGCUGUUGCAUAGCAAAGAUUGAUUUUUUUUUUUUUUUUGAGAUGGAGUCUUGUUCUGUUGUCCAGACUGGAGUGCAGUGAUGCAAUCUCAGCUCACUGCAACCUCUGCCUCCUGGGUUUUAGCAAUUCUCCUGCCUCAGCCUCCCAAGUAGCUGGGAUUACAGACAUGUACCACCACGCCUGGCUAAUUUUUGUAUUUUUAGUAGAGACGGGGUUUCGCUAUGUUGGCCAGGCUGGUCUCGAACUCCUGACCUCAUAAUCCACCCGCCUCGGCCUGCCAAAGUGCUGGGAUUACAGGCCUGAGCCACUGUGCCCAGCCGGCCGAGCAUAGGAAGUUUAAUCAAAGUAACCAGAAUCCCAUGUUUGUUACUAGGAUUUACAUUAAUUGCUGGAAUCACAUUUUGCUACUAUUUAAGAAUGCAUCAUAGAUUUAAUGUUUUAACUAAUAAAAUUUGAUGUAUUUUAUAA